AUGGCUCGUCGGCUUCCGUUCCAGCCAUUCAUAAGACUUGUUACAACUGCACAAUUGGCGAAUCGGAUUCCAGGCGAUAGAUAUUAUGAGAUUAAGGACAAUGUGGACGAUUACCUUUACUACAAGUCGCUGACCCCCAGAGUGAGAGAUAUCGUGUACAAGAAACAGAACCAGUCGACUUUGCUGAACAGAAACGCACUAGACCUCGAAGGAAGACCGCUGACUCCAAAACCUGUCCCUGGGACACCAUCAAGAUUGAGAUUCUCGUUUUUCAUUGAUGGACUGUUGCUGCCUGCUGAGCUCGACGAUCUGUUCCCUGUGAUAACAAAGCUCGAUUUGCAUGCUCCUGAACUUCUCAACGAGAUGGUGAUAAAGUCUUUUUUGUACAAAGCAGCAGAGUUCAACAGGUUGGCAGAUGCUUUGAGUCUUGUGUUCCAGCUAAAAACUUACAAGUCCAGUCUUAAAUUCAAUCAGACCGUUUCCGAGGCUGUUAUUCUUUUGCGAGAUCUCGAAGUUGAAAAGAAUAAGAUCACUUCUUUACAAUGGUUCAACGUGAAAACCAGAUUUGUUAGAAGACCUGACCGCAAACACCGGAAGAACGUGAACGAACCAAGCUCCUUAUUGACUGAGCUUUGUGGGUUUAUCAAUCUCCAGAGGGCCCAGGUGGAGACAUUUGGAGAGCCAGAUGCUUUGGUCAAUAAGGCUGUUGAGAAGACGUUUGAUAGAUUGCAAGGUUUUGCUGGAUACAAUAUUGCAGACUUCGAAAAAUCCAACUUGAUCAAAAUGUACUACGGUCUAGAGCAUAUUUAUACUAUCACAAAAUAUUUGUCGCAUUGCGUUGCCAAAGCUCCAGAGUUACCAUAUUCAUCCAAGUAUUCUGAGCUUGUGAAACUGAACGAGGCAUUUAUCUCGGAAGCAGAGGCUUUGCAGCAAAAAAUCGGUAAGAAGGAAACUCAGCUCGAGAAGUUGGAGGCACUCAAGUUUGAACGGAAGACACAAUCGGCAGCAGAGACCGAAGAAGCCGAGAAGACUGAGUAA